CAAGGGACUAAAUUUUCUAUAUAAACAGAAACCAUCAGCGGCAUCUCUCACACAAACUCUUAAAAUAUCUUUACCUCUCCAAAUACAAAGUUGCAAACUUUUUCCAGAACAGAGCGUUUUACUAGUUAAAAAAGUAAUUCAAUUUUGUCCCAUGGACAAUUUACCUAAACAUGGAGCAAAUUAUGUGCCUCUUACUCCUCUCACGUUCUUAACCAGAGCCUCCAAUUCUUAUGCCAACCGCACCUCUACUAUUUAUGCUAAUAUCCGCUUCACUUGGCGCCAAACUUAUGAGCGUUGUUGUCGCCUCGCUUCCUCCCUCAGGUCCUUAAACAUUGUCAAGAACGACGUGGUUUCGGUCCUGGCACCAAAUGUACCGGCCAUGCUAGAAAUGCAUUUUGCAGUGCCAAUGGCAGGGGCUGUGUUGAACGCCAUCAAUACAAGGCUGGAUGCUAGAAAUGUUGCCCUUAUUCUCAAGCACUCGGAAGCCAAGAUCUUUUUUGUUGACUGUGAAUAUGUCGACAAAGCUAAGAAGGCCAUUGAAAUACUAAUGGCAGACUUUCAAAUGCCAAUGCCCCUCAUCGUUGUCAUUGAUGACCUGGAUUCCCCAACUGGAAUCCGGUUAGGGGAGCUCGAAUACGAGCAAUUGGUGUACCAAGGCAACCCUGAAUGUGUCCUUGAAAAUAUUGAUGAUGAAUGGAAUCCGAUUACCUUGAGCUAUACAUCAGGUACGACUUCAGAGCCGAAGGGAGUUGUGUACAGCCACAGAGGUGCUUUCUUAAGCACUCUGAGUUUGAUUUUGGGGUGGGAGAUGGGUACUGAGCCUGUCUACUUAUGGUCCCUCCCUAUGUUUCACUGCAAUGGUUGGACUUUCACAUGGGGAAUAGCUGCAAGGGGUGGGACCAAUGUUUGCAUCCGCAAUACUACGGCCCAAGAAAUCUACUCCAGCAUAACGUUACACAAAGUAACACAUAUGUGCGCUGCACCUAUUGUCCUCAACAUAAUCCUCGAGGCCAAGCCACACGAGCAGUGCCAAAUAACAACCCCAGUUCAAAUUCUAGUGGGGGGUGCACCCCCACCAGCACCGCUCCUCGAGAAAAUCGAGAGGCAGGGGUUCCACGUGGUCCACGCCUAUGGGCUCACAGAGGCCACUGGGCCAGCCCUUGUGUGCGAGUGGCAAUCCAAGUGGAACAAAUUACCCUGGGAAGAACAAUCCAAGAUAAAAGCCAGACAAGGCCUCGGCAUACUGACACUCGCUGAUGUUGAUGUGAAGAACUUCAAGACUAUGCAGAGCGUCCCUCGCGACGGGAAGACAACAGGGGAAAUAUGCCUGAGGGGAAGCAGCAUAAUGAAAGGAUACUUAAAGAAUGAAAAGGCAAAUUCAGAAGUAUUCAAGAAUGGUUGGUUUUUCACAGGGGACAUGGGAGUGAUUCACCCAGAUGGGUAUCUGGAAAUCAAAGACAGGUGCAAAGAUGUGAUCAUAUCAGGUGGAGAGAACAUCAGCAGCGUCGAAGUAGAAAGUGCAAUACUAAAACAUCCAUAUGUCGUAGAGGCCUCAGUUGUGGCCAUGCCACAUCCCAGGUGGGGUGAAAGUCCAUGCGCCUUUGUUAUAUUAAGGAAAGACUGCAACUUUAAAGAAUCGGACAUCGUAGCACACUGUCGGAAGAACUUGCCAGGAUUCAUGGUACCAAAGAAGGUCCAAUUUGUGGAAGAAUUGCCCAAAACAGGAACAGGGAAAGUGCAGAAGAAUCAUUUGAGAGCAGUGGCAAAGACAUUUGCAGUAACGGAAAAUGCAAAUCAAAAAACCAAAAGGUCAAGCCAAGUCAACAGGGAAAAGCCUCGUUCAUACGAUCAAAGUCAUCAGCAGAUUCUUGCAUUGUCUCGUCUUUAGUGAUUGAAGAAAUGCUUAACGAAAGACUUACUAAGUAUUAUCUUUUUUGUUUCUGAGUUGUUUAGUACGUACUAAUCACGUCUCUAAUUGGAGUUUACUGUAUGCGUUGUCUUCCUUACCUAUUACGUGCAUUAUUGUAAAGACGUUUUAUUUUCUAAUCACAAUUUUAAAUACCAUUAAAAUCUUCCUUUGUAUAUGCAAAUCAUGAUUUGUAAAAAAGUUAAUUUGAAGUUGAAAUUUUGUUUGAAUA